AUGGGCGCUGGGGCCGCUCUACAAGAGACAGCUGCCCGUCCCCAGCCUGGCCCCAAGGGCGGCUCUGCGCAGCCGCGUGGUACACAGGUACAGGCCGAGGCGCGGGGCAGAGUCCUGUCCCGCCCUGCCCGCGCCGGCCCCGCCCCGCCGCGCCCCGCCCCCCGGAUGUGGCGGCGCGGCCGUUCCGGGCCGUUGUCACUGACGCCGCCCGGCUCCGGGGCCGCCCGACCGGAUCUGGAAAUGGAGUGGAGAGGCAAAUAUUCUCUUGAUUCUUCAAAUUUAGAUUGUUUGUUCAAUAGUGUUCCUGGUGAUGUGGAGUUUCAGCAAAUCCUCAGUGACAUUGAUGAAAAAAUAAAGAAAAAUUCUAUUAGCAUGGAACACUGUCUUAAAGAUCUACAGUCAGAAGUAAAUGAAAUGUGUACUGAUGAGCUAUUGCAAAAUACAACUGGCUGCCUUCAGUGGCUAAAUAAUUUCAGUUCUCUCAAACCUUCUUCUACACCUAAUGGAGAGUUGAUUGAAUUCCUUAAGACCCUGCAAAGUUUGCUGAAGAAUGAACAAAAUCAAGAAGAAAUGGUAGUUCACUUUCUUCUAGAUCUCUCCAGUCAGUGUGGUGUAUCAUUUCCAUGUACUCCAAGUGGAACAUCUUUUGAUUUUACACCCAGAGCUUCCCUUCAUGCUAUUGAGGAUGAUUCAUCUAUGGAUGUUCAGUCUCUUUGGGAUGAUGUUAGACUACAUCUUCGACGUUUCUUGGUGAGCAAACUGCAGAGUCAUUAUGAAACAAACACUAGUACUUCACAACAGCAAAUCCAGUUUAAAACUCAAUGCAUACAACAACUUUUGUUUUUUUAUCCUGAAACAGAAGUUUUAAGCAAAUACCAAAAGAUGCAGAAUAAACUUGUUAAUGAACUUCUACAGAAUAGUGUUCUAGCUAGGUGUGAUGAAACCGAUCUUGAUAAGGUGGCUUGUGGUUAUCAAAGUUCAAUACCCAUACUGUUCACAAUGGUAAAAGAAGAUUUGUGUAUGCUAAGUGGAAUUAUGGAUCCAUCCUCAACAUUGAAGUUUAUUAAUGAAACCUAUUUGGAUACUAUCACAGAAGAAAUUAAAAUUCUUCUUGACAGACUUUAUGAAUUGCAGUUCAAAGCAGACACUCUACAUAUAGUUAAUACCGGCAAGAGCUCAAAGAAACAUAGAGGAGCAGUCCAUGCUUUGGGCAGCCAGGAAAAUCCCCCAAAAGGAAAGAACUUUUGUUUAACAUUAUAUCAACUCAGAUGUCUUUCUCAGCUUACAAAACUCUUUUUGUUGCUGGAAGAGAAAAUUGAAGAACUCUUUGUAGAAAUUCUGUUGUUACCUUGUUUCACCGAGAAGAAUAAAAAAGUUCAAGGAGUUCUGAAGAAAGCUAGUGGGGAGCUUUUAAUAGGGGAAGCUAGAGCAAAUGAAACCAGUGUGCUUCCUGAACAGUUACUUCAGGUGAAAGAGCCUAUUUCCUUGGAGUUCAGCUGGAGAAAUGCAUUUAAAAACCUGUCUUCUUCUAUGGGUCACUGUAUAUCAAUAGCAAUUGAAGAUUUUUUAACUAAAAUUCUUCAGCAUGAGCAGAAAGAACAGUCUUCAGCUGCAAGCUAUUCAAUGAGUCUUGUAAACACCCAGCAAAUGAAGGAGUCCUGGGGAGCAGUUCACCAGGAGGAGCGACCAAAACGAAUUGUAAAGUUUUGUUCUGACAUCAUGGAAGAACUUGACACAUUGCUUCCAUUGGCUCUGGCAUGCAGAGAUGAUUCUUUUCAGGAAAUUAGAGCAAACUUUGUAGAGGCCUGCUGCAAAGUAGCAACAGCUGUCCUGGCGAGGUUGGAGGAGAGAAGCAGAGAAGUUCCAUCCAAGGCUCCUCUGCAAAACUUACAUGCUGUACUCUCCACAGCUGUAUACAUCUUUCAGAAUUUUAUAAUGUAUGAUAUUUUAAUGAGAAAGACCAGCAAAAAACCUCUGUUUCUAGUGCCUGUCCAACAAUAUCAGGAAUUCAUCAACGUUCUCCAGUUUCAAGUUAUAAACUACUGCGUCAGAGUUUGUGCGACAUGCAUUUUACAGGAUGCUGAGAGCCACCACUGGGAUGACUACAAAGCUUUUUAUGAGGGGGAAAGAUGUUCAUUCUCUGUCCAGAUGUGGCAUUAUUUUUGCUGUGCUCUUCAUCAUGAUCUGUGGACUAUUCAACCCCCGAAGUUAGCCCAGGAGAUACUGACAGAAGUGCUGGAAAAAUCUUUGGCUGUGCUGUCCUGUAGAUAUUCUCAGGCCCAACCCACUUACAAGAGAACUCCACAGAUAAGAUUCGAUAUUGCAGCAAUUUUAAUGUCCACUGAAAAUAUACUGUGGUCAGUUUGCAGCUCGGUGAGGGAAUUCCUGAAUCCACAUAAAGACAGAGACCCUAAAAUCUAUAAAAUACACAAUCAGUGCAACAAUCUGCUUACUGUACUGGCCAUUUUGACUGCACCUUUGAAGAAUCUAUAUGAGUCAUUUAAGAAUGGUUUUGUUGAGCAAUUUCCUCCAGAUUUCUCUAAAGCAAAUAUUAAUCAUCCUUUAUACUGGCUGUCUUGCUUAGCAUCUUUUUGUCCUUCACUUAAGACUCCAUCAGCCGGAGAAAUGGCAGCCCAGGGUCAACUGAAACUGCUCUUAUCCCAACCAUGUUGUAAUUGGAACUUGCUUUUGGAAACCCUGCUACAUCGUGAUUGUCUCUUAGUGAAAAUUUUAUUGAAGAGUUCAAAAACUGAAGCACCAAAAUGUGAUGGGCAGAUUUCCUACAUAGAACAGAUAAAUUGCAAAGAGCCUAGCUGGAUUGAAGUAAUCUUUACAGUUUUAUCCUAUUGUACUUCAUCACCCAAAUCACUUGGCAUUGGUUUUGAGAGCUACAUGGAUAAAGAACAACUGUGGGAUUACUUAUACAAUAUGUCAGUUUCAAGUUGUGGUGAAUCAGAGCCAGAGGUUAUCAGAUGCUUGAAGCUGACUUUGAUUAAUUCGGUCAAGGGUAUAGUGAAGCAGAUAAUUUCUUUGAUGCAAUCAUGGGAAGCAAGAGAGAACUAUGGAACCUGUCAGCAUAAACAUAUAGUUCCUAAAAGUUUGCUGAAGACAAUUCCAAAGGAAUGGAAAUAUAAACCUAGAGAACUGAAGAAAAAAGAAUCUGGAAAGUACUUCACAAGGCUUGCAGCUCAGGCAGUAUCUAUUGUAAUCAGCAAGUUACCUACAGUGAUUGCAUGUUUACCUCCCCCAAUUAAGUACUUCUUUUUUCUGGCUGAGAGAAAAAUGUCACAAAACUUUGUUGAAUUGAAGAAAGCUGGUCUGCUUGUCUGGAACUUGAUUGUAAUUAUAUGUCGGAUAUUUGAGGAUGGAAACACUGCAGAACUUUUAACAGGUGCAACACUUGACAGAUGGAGCAAAGAGAAACUCAGUUUAGUUUGUGCAUGUUUGGGAAGUAUUAUAGGAAAGCAGAAAAGUACUCCUGAACAAAUGACCCAGAAGGUUAUAUUGAGCAUUCAACAACAAAGACCAAAUUGGAUAGAAAGUCAGUUGCUGAAAGCAAGAAAAUUGAGCAUUGACUGUGCCUUUAUUGCUGUAGAGGAAACUGCAGUGUUAGAGGAGGGAAGUAUUGCACUGGAAUUGACUGAGCAGAAAAUAAACAUGAUGGUCCUGGAUAUCUGCCACAAACCAGGUGGCAGCGAAUACCUGAGGCAAAUUUAUCACAUCAUCCGGCUCAAUGAGGAAUAUUUGAAAGAACAACUGUCUUGUGAGAAUUCUUCUGAAGAGGAUCUGCCACCAACUAGAUGUUUAAAUUUGAUACUGAAUAACACAGAAGAACAACCAGUCUUCAACCCCUUCCAAGUGCACAAACAGUAUUGUGCAGAUGUGUUCAAUCAGUCAGCUGUUACUGAAUGGAACUGGGAUUGGUCAAACUUGCUGCCAAGUUAUCUGCAACUGAAUGAGAUGACCUUCAGAGCACUCCUGGCACACAGUAUUUGUCUUCAACCAAGCAAAGUAUUACAAGAUGGGGUAAAAAAAAAAAAGGAAAUAAUUACAAAUGAAGAGUGACGCGGGCUGUGAAUAGAACAUAUGUUAGGCUAGGCAGAGGCAUCAGUGAAUUAUAUCAUUUCAUGAUGAAGCGGCACUGGGGCUGAACGGACCUAUUUUAAACCUUGAUGUAUUUUAUCUCUACUGUAUUUGGACUGUCAUCUUUGGAGAAAGACUUUGUGUAAUUGAGAGUCAACUCCAAUCUGCAUGACUCGAGCAUGAAGUGUAGGCCAGAUGAACAGUGUUAUGGAAGAAAGGGAAGCAUCUAAUAAGGUAUAAAUGAGUAAUAACCUUUUAUACCUCAGACUUUCAAAUGUGUUUUGUAAAAUAUGAUUUUCAAAGUUAUUAAUUUCAAGGUGCUAUUAAUAAUAUGAAGUUUUUAUACAUUUUUAAAUUAAUUUUAUUUUAAUUUAAAAAAUCUACAAACAGUUUUUACGCAUCCUUGUUCAUACCAUAAUGGACAUCUAAAAUUAUUAUAUUGACAAAAUGGAUUUUUUUCUCUGCACUUAAAAAAAAAAAAAAAGGACCAAGUUGACUAGUCUUAUGAUCAGUGUUUUUUAUAUAAAUUUUAUUCACUGAAUACUGGAAUUAAUCUUCAUAGUUUGUAAUAAUAAUAAUUAUAUGGACAUGUUUAUUUGCCUUAUUUUCAUUGUUUGUAAUUUAACUUCUUUAAUUUGUUUUCAGGGUGUGUUACUGAAAGUUUUCUCUUUAGAAAACUUCAUAGAGUUGAAACCAUGUUUAGUUCUUUUUAAAAAAUGGAUCUGAAGAUCCUAUAAAUGCUCUUGUGUGUAAGUGUUUGUGGGAAAACCAUAAUUUUGCAUGUUUUAAGUUUGGUAUAAAUACAUAUUUCUAAGGAAGUUAAACUUCAGUCUUUCCAUGUUGCAUUUUAUUGUUAGGGUAAAAAGCUUAGAACUUCAACAGUGUAACAGUGUAAGAAAAGUAAAUGUCUUUUCUUAAAUGUAAUUACUUAAGCAGAGCUCCUGGUAUUUGUAAUAAGAUUCCAUAAAGUGCUAUACUCAGUACAAUAAAAAUUGGGGGUGAACUGUGACAUCCCCAAAGCAACUCGGCUUUGAAUAUUGUAGGCAUUGUUUGGCUUGAGCUUAAUCAUUUACAAAGUUCUUGCCUGAGUUGGAAACCGCAGUGGAAAGGCACAUUAAUGGCACCAUUCUGAAGCAAGUAAUAAGGAAGUGCAAGAAAAUUAAAGACGUUUGAUUCAAGUACGUAGUCUUUAGGAUGGAGGGGGUGUUUUUGUCUAGUAAAUUGUGAUCUAAAGAGAUGUUGUAAAACUGUCUCUUGGAUAAAGAGAAUGUUUAUGCUUUUUAUAAGCUGCUUUUAGAGUUGCUUUUCAUUUCCGUGUAAAGACAAAAUGUUUCCUUUCCUUUCCUUUCCUUUUUGUUUUGUUUAUACAGGAGGGUCAAGCCACUUUAUAAUCUUCCAUGCUACUUAUACAUACCAGCCAAUAGCUUUUUUUUGUUACAUUUAAGAAUAAACUUGAUUAACAUUUUCCCUCUUAAUUUAAAGAAGUUUAUUCAGUACAGAGGCAAGAAAUUAAGUGUGACAGCCCAAAAAAUACAUUACUGUAACAUAGUAGGCUCUGAUCUUUCAAUCAGAUUUGUAUGGAGAGUAAUCUCUACUGAUACUGAUCCACACAGCAAUCUAAUAAGCUUUGUGUGGGCACAAGUGCAUGCCUGGCUAGAUCUCACUGAAGAAUCAGGCCCACAUAGAGAUCAGCAAAGCAGCCCCUGACUCUUAGAACUGACACCAAUAAAAUGUAUUUCCAUGUUCUGUCUUUAUGGAAAAUGCCACAUUUUUUUGUUUUAGUCUUAGAGCAUGGGUCUGCAGAUGCUAGCUGUGUGCCAGUAGCUGUUUUAAAAUUGAAGUACAUACUGUAUCUAUAAUAAAAGAAAUGGGAUAUAUUUAUUAAAAAGUGGAGCUUCAUAAGGCACCAUAUUCUAGAGUGAUCAAAUAUUAUCCUGUUUUCAUCUGUCUCUUUAAUUUACAUUGUUUUGUUGCUUUUUCCUUAACUUCCUCUUAGAUGAUGAACUUUGGAAUUAAUUGUAGCUUUUUGUUGGUGCUAUGCACAUCAAUAGCACUACAUUAUAGUCUCUAAAAAUAGUAAUGUUUUGAUAAUUAGUUUAACAUUUUUCUUCACAAUAAAGCUAUACAGUAAAAGAACACAUUUCUAGCAAUUUCAGAAACUAAAUUUUCCUAAUUAUAAGGAUUAUUUGGAUAGUGGUAGAAUAUAUAGCAACAACCUGAACUAGAAAUGAUUCUGAGCUGUCCAGGGUUUAAAACCUCCACAAGAUAGAAGAUCCAGGCCUCACAGAGAAGCUUGUAUUAGUAAGAACUAAUUUUAAAUCAGAACAAGGCAAACAAACAAAAACCUGUAAAAAUGUAGCAAGGUGUCAAACUCCCUUGGGUGGCCAGGCUGGAUCCAGACAGUGGGGGUUCCUGCAGGCCAGAUCUGGACCCCUGCUCCGGAGGUGUGGUAAGCAGUGGCGGGGACAGCAUGAGCAGCAUCAGAGAGAUGUGCCAGUUAACAUAGCCUUUGCCCAUCCCUAUGCUGCCAACACACGCAAUCAACAGGGCUCCUUGGCAGUUGACCCCAUCUCUGCUGGCCCUGCUCGUGAAAUCUCAGCUCCAAGAGUCCCAGACUGGAAUUCUGACAUCCUUGGUGUCGGAGAAAGGUGCACGUCUGACAGAAAGUUCAUGUACCCCUGCAAAAGAAUGUUUUGUCUCCUGUGUGCCACCAAAAAUAUGUUUAUGCAGCAUGAGGCACUACAAUGCAGAGCUAUAGUGAGCUACCUCUGCGCGUGCUCACUCUGGAACUGUAAACAAUGCAUCUGCUUUACAGCAGAGUGCCAUAUAGGCUUAAACUCUGCUUCUCAGCAGCAAGUAAAACCGACCAGCAAAACGGCACCAGCCAGCGUGUGGAAGUGAAUGGAGGAUCAGCAAUUAAAUAAAACUGUUAUGGUUGUUGACAAAUGAAAAUAAUAUUUCUGCCUUUGAGUAGCAAUUGGCUUUGGUGGCUGCAGGUCUGAGAAGUUUGCAGAGCUCCCAUGUACCCAAUAAUCAAGCAAGAUAAAUACUCCCAGGCUGGCUAACCAGGUCCCAAGUACUUGGAAUAGUAACAACCCCAUGCCAGCAUUUUUUAAAACAAUCUCAGAUUUUGGUUUGCUUCAUAAUGUAGUGUAAACAAAUUUAUGUUCAGAUAGCAUGGUAUAUAUUUAAUUGGCACUUAUUUGGGAAUAAUUUGAAUUAUUCACUUGUGAUUUUGCUGCUUCUGAGAAAUGUGGCAGUUCCACACCUAGACUAAUGAAACCUUUAUACUUUGCCGUGUUAUCACUAAGUAUCUCAUUACAACCACAUAUCUUUGCCAGAGUCUUCUCUUUUUAAAUGGCUGUUCAAUAGGGUUUAUCUGAAGUGGCGUAAGAUAUGUUAUGGCCACGUAGCUCUCUUCUCAUCUGUAAUAGGACAUAUUGUGUUGUCUGGUGAAUUCUAGGGCUCUAAGAUGAACAGACUCCUUUGUAGCCCAAUGUAUGUCCUAGGGUUCUUACUCCCACCUCCACAAAGGUUUGUUUUUUUAAUCACAUAAUUCAAGUUCCCAUUGACCCAUUUUAUUGUGAAAAUUAGUUUAUAGAACAAAGAAUGUUCUUGGUGCAUUUGAUAUACCAUAUGAAAAUAAGACAGUAAUAGCAUCAGUGAUCCACUAGAUGGAUAAAACCUCCAACUCUCUUCACAGAUUUGUCAACUUGAAAAUGAACCAGCAAGACUUAGGGGGCAGAUUGUUUGAACCUGCUGCAAUGGAAGUGGUUGUUUUCAUGAAAGAUGUUGCAGAAUUUUAGAAUCUUGAUUUUUAUAAAGUGAUUUUAUUCAUGUUCAGUUACUGUGAACUUGAAGAUAAAGGAAAUUAAAUAUAGAAAUAAUAUA